AUGCCGUUGCCGUGGCCUCGGGAGGUCCAGUGUCACCUGAUGGAGCUCAGUCAAUCAAGCUCCGUGGAGGCCUUGGGACCGCAGGAGGCCUUGGGACAGAACUGGCUCUUGCGGCUAGGGACACCAGGAGGCGACCGUCGCUCCCGGCUGCUCAGCGGUCGAGAACAGGCACGACAUGCGAUCCUCUCGUGGCGGCUGAAACGGCCCUACUUGAUUUACAGCUUGGCCUGUGCCACCGUGAUGUUUGGCCUCUUAGCCCCUUGCAACGGUCAGGCAGCUACUUGGGGGUUGCACCAAGAUCCAGGCAGCGGGAUUUGCAUGAAGCCUUUUCGCCUUGCCAAGAUCCAGAACAACUGGAACCUUCCGCAGUGGAAACACCACCGUUGGGAAGAAGUCUUGGAGGUCACGAUUGGCCUCGUGAUUGUCCUCGAGGUCCUCCUGACCCUGCGCGUGCUUGGGGUGCGAGACUUCUUGGCCAAUCCCUGGUGUGUUUUCGAUGCGACCGUGGCUGUGCUUACAGUUGUUUCAACCGGCUACGGCCUGGAGCAUUUGGGCCGGCAGGGAGAGAUUUGCGAGGCGCAGCUCCCCUUGCUUUUUCUGCGCUUUGUGCUUCAACCUGCUCGACUGCUAGCUGCUGUGGUCUCAACCUGGCGAACCCGACGGAUGCAGUUGGAUGCGCACGAGCUGCGCGUGGAUGUGAGAAAUCUCUCCACGAACGGCACACGCUUCCAAGCUCUUCAGGCGAACUCGGCCUUCGACAUGCUCCGAUCCCGCAUCCGAUACUUCGACGAAGUAGCGUCUGAUGCCAAGCUAGGUUACACGAUUCAGCUGUGCAAAACUCUCAUCAGACAAUGGCGGAAACUGGAGACUGAAAGAGAAGUGCGCAUCCAUGAUGCCUUGCUGGAGACCUUUACCCAGAGGCAUCCAUACUUCCUCCUGGCCGCCAGCGACCCCAGGCAGUCAUGGCGUGCUUUGCCGUGGCGCCAAGAGCUGAUGAGAAUGUGUUCAGAUGUCGAAGGAUUGAUGUCCCACGAUGGGCGCCUUCUCGCGUGCACAAAGAUGGACGCAGAUGGGCGCUGCAGGUAUGCCAAAGAGCUCUCGCGCCGAAAGAAACGGGAGUCUGAGGACCUGAAGGAACUGAAGGAGUUGACGGAUUUCCAUGGGGCACAGCUGUCUUCAGCCCAGCCACAAGAGGUGCAAUGGCUCUUAGAUGCACUAUUUGACAUGAAAGACCUGGAGCUCUAUCCCCUCAUCGCGCGUUUAUCGCUGAUGCUGGCUCGGCACGAGCAGUGCCUGGCAGAAUUCGAUUGGAAGGGAGAACUGCAAGAGCGAGCCUCCAUGUUUCACUACGAGACUGCCCUGCAGCUACUGAAGACCGUCAGCCACUUCCAGGAGGCCCAGGAGAUCUUCAAUGAAGCCACAUCCUUGCGACGAGCGGGACAGCAAAUGAUCCACUGGAAGCACUUGUGGCAAACUCCUUCGGUCUAUGUGCGACAGCUGCGCCCAACCGGAGGAACUGCAUGGUGGGAUCCGAAGGAGUUACCUUUGGCGCAGGUCUUGGAGGAGAAUGUCCUGGACAUCAGGGCAGAGCUCCAGAUGCUCUUGGAGAAUGGAGGGCGCAUGGUGGUGGAUCCGGCCUACCCACGGCUCACCACGGAGGGCGAUUGGGACGUGAUUCGUCUCUACAACGACAAGAAGUGGGACCCUGCAGCCACCACCUUGGCGCCGAAGACCGUGGCGCUGCUGAAGGAGCGUUUGCCAGGCCAGGCCAAUGGUCUGCCAUACAUCCACCACAACACCGAGGAGGUUUGCUUCUUCCGGAUGAGCCCUGGGACGCGGAUCUUACUGCACACAGGUGGUUGCAAUGCCCGGCUCAACUUGAGUUUGGGCUUGAUGGGUUGUAGCGACUCUUUCAUCACAGUGGCCCAGGAGGAGCGCCGCUGGCGUGACGGGCAGUUGUUUGCCUUUGACGACAGCUGCGACCACGCAGCGCGCCAUGAUGGGCCUGAGGAUCGGUGGGUGCUCACCGUGGGGAUUAUGCAUCCAGACCUGGUGGCGUCUGCUGAGCUGAACGGAGACGGCAACCAGAGAUCUUCCGGGACUCCGGUGGUGCCCAGCGGGCCUGGCGGACCGAAUACGAGUCCUUUGGACCUGAAGUCUGGGUGA